UGUCCAACUGAAGUGGUUGAAAAGCCAUUUUGUUGUUCUGGCUAAGCUACAUGCUAAAGAAAGCCACCACCAAUAAUAUGGGUCCGUCUCAUCAACGCUAACUAUGUCGCCUUUAUUUAUUAUUAUUAUUUUUUUUGUUUAAUGUCGCAAAAAUACAGUAACUGAAGUCGCCGGUGUGUGUGUGUGUGUGUGUGUAAGUCGUCUUCAUGGAUUAGCCUGGUUUGUGGUGUGGACAAGACGAAAGGCUGGUGGCUAAAGUGUGCUGCAGCUUCAGAUAACAUAUUGUUAACUAUCUUCCUGUUUUUUUCUGAUUAAUUAACGGCACCCUAGCCACUUGUUUUUUUCCUUGUUUAUAUGUGCUCUUGAAUAGCCGGUGCCUGUGCUGCCAAAACCAAAAGUCCACAGGAGGAAAAAAAAGAGGCUGUUGUUUUCUAAAAGAGGCGUCUGAACAAUCUUUUGCUACCAAGUAACUUAGGGGGGGAAAAACACUUGGACCAUACAGCGUUAAGCCAAAGCGCUAAUCUGAUAAUGGCAGAGGACACACGACAGGACAAGAGGACCAGCUUCUCUGCCAUAACGGAGCACAGCACCAACGGGAUGGCGAGGACCUCCUCAGCUGUGGCCUCCGGCAAAAGUGGGGCUUCAAAGAAACUAGUCAUCAAAAAUUUCAAAGACAGGCCAAAACUAGCCGAGAACUACACAGAGGACACGUGGCUGAAGCUGCGAGAUGCGGUGGGAGCCAUCCAGAACAGCACCUCCAUCAAGUACAACCUGGAAGAGCUCUAUCAGGCGGUGGAGAACCUGUGCUCAUAUAAAGUGUCCCCAACACUGUACAAGCAGCUUCGCCAAGUCUGUGAAGAUCACGUGCAGGCUCAGAUCCACCAGUUUAGAGAAGAGUCUUUGGACAAUCUUUCCUUCCUGAAGAGAAUGAAUCGUUGCUGGCAGGACCACUGUAGACAAACUAUAAUGAUCCGAAGUAUCUUUCUCUUCCUGGAUCGCACCUACGUGCUCCAGAACUCCCUGCUUCCCUCCAUCUGGGACACGGGGCUGGAGCUGUUUCGUACCCACAUCGUGAGCGACGGCGCGGUUCAGAAGCGAACGGUCGAAGGCAUUUUGGAGCAGAUAGAGCUGGAGCGGAACGGAGAGACGGUCGAUCGCAGUCUGCUGCGCAGCCUCCUGGGCAUGCUGUCGGACCUGCAGGUUUACAAAGACUCCUUCGAGGAGAGAUUCUUGACCGAGACCAAUCGGCUGUACGCAGCAGAGGGACAGCGGCUGAUGCAGGAGAGAGACGUACCCGAGUACCUGCACCACGUGGCUCGUCGGUUGGAGGAGGAGAACGAUCGGAUCAUGAGCUACCUCGACCAGAGCACCCAGAAGCCGCUAAUUAGCUGCGUCGAGAAACAACUUUUAGGAGAACACAUGAAUGCGAUACUACAAAAGGGUCUGGGAGUUCUGCUGGAUGAGAACCGGGUGACUGAGCUGGCUCUUCUCUACCAGCUCUUCAGCAAAGUGAAGGGAGGACUCCUCACACUGCUGCAGUUCUGGAGAGACUACAUCAAGUCCUUUGGUGGAGAGAUCGUAUGCACUCCGGAGAAAGACAAGGACAUGGUGCAGGAGCUGCUGGACUUCAAGGACAAGAUGGACAACGUGGCCCAGAGCUGCUUCUCACGCAACGAAGGCUUCAUCAACGCCAUGAAGGAGGCGUUUGAAACCUUCAUCAACAAGAGGCCCAACAAGCCGGCAGAACUAAUCGCUAAAUAUGUGGACUCGAAGCUACGAGCCGGGAACAAGGAGGCCACGGAGGAGGAGCUGGAGAGAAUCCUGGACAAGAUAAUGAUAAUCUUCCGCUUCAUUCACGGAAAAGACGUGUUCGAAGCUUUCUACAAGAAGGACCUGGCCAAGCGCCUGCUGGUCGGCAAGAGCGCCUCCGUCGACGCGGAAAAGUCCAUGCUCUCCAAGCUCAAGCACGAAUGCGGCGCGGCCUUCACCAGUAAACUAGAGGGCAUGUUCAAAGACAUGGAGCUGUCUAAAGACAUCAUGAUCCAGUUCAAACAGUACAUGCAGAACCAGAGCGAGCCGAGCAAUAUAGAACUAACCGUUAACAUCCUCACGAUGGGCUACUGGCCUUCAUAUACCCCCAUGGAGGUCCACUUACCCCCGGAGAUGGUCAAACUCCAGGAAGUGUUCAAGCUGUUCUACCUGGGUAAGCACAGUGGGAGGAAGCUGCAGUGGCAGCCGACUCUGGGCCACGCGGUGCUAAAGGCAGAGUUUAAAGAGGGUAAGAAAGAGCUGCAGGUGUCUCUGUUCCAGACGCUGGUGCUGCUCAUGUUUAACGAGGGGGAAGAGUUCAGCGUGGAGGAGAUUCGCACUGCCACUGGCAUAGAGGAGGGAGAGCUCAAACGCACGCUUCAGUCCUUGGCCUGUGGAAAAGCUCGCGUCCUCAACAAGAACCCGCGAGGGAAAGACGUGGAGGACGGAGACCGCUUCAACUUCAACAACGACUUCAAACACAAACUGUUCCGCAUCAAGAUCAAUCAGAUCCAAAUGAAGGAGACGGUGGAGGAGCAGGUUAGCACCACGGAGCGCGUGUUUCAGGACCGCCAGUAUCAGAUCGACGCGGCCGUUGUGCGCAUCAUGAAGAUGAGGAAGACGCUCAGCCACAACCUCCUGGUGUCGGAGCUCUACAACCAGCUGAAAUUCCCCGUCAAGCCGGGUGACCUGAAGAAGCGCAUCGAGUCGCUCAUAGACAGAGACUACAUGGAGCGAGACAAGGAGACUCCGAACCAGUACCAUUACGUUGCCUGAGGGGGGGCCGCCGCUGUCACCGCCGUGCUUUUUUUUUUUUUUUUACGCUCACAGCAAGCGUUAACAGCUGGCUCCCCCCUCAAAUACAGGAUGACAGCCCCCUCAGCCGCCUGACUCUCCUCUGGUGCCCACCUUCCACCCUCCAUCCACAAUCCUGGGACAGGAAAAGUCCGGACGACACAAGAGCCUCCAGAGAAACCAGAGAGUCCCAGCUGCGCUGUUCCCAUUCUGCGACAUCUUUUUUUAAUAAAAAGUGGGAUUGGGGCCCCGAGGAGCAGCCCGGGUUGUUGAUGGUUGGGUUUAUGUGACUUACAAAUCCGCUAAUGCAAAACACAACUGAAAAUAACUAGCACUUUCCUCCUUUUAUUAUUUUCUCCUUGGGGUUGUUUUUUUUUUUUUUUUGUUUCUUCCUCCGUUGUGUUGUUGUUCUAAAAAUCACUUAUUUUCUAUUAUAGUUGGUUUGAGUUUUAAGACUUUAUUUUUGUGUUAUUUUACCUUUUCUGUUCUGUUCUCCUCACGAAAUGGCUGCAUAAACUGCUGAGUGUAAAGCUGACCCGGUUAGUCGCCUGAUUUACACAUCGGAGAACCAGCUUUCGAGGACACGGAAGAGGAAAGACAUUGACUGUGCUGAAAGGGGCUUGGGUCGUCGUUUGCAUCACGAACGCUGAGUGACGUGCAGACGAGCCACUUCGGGUAUUACUUUUUGGUAUCUCGUAUGUUUUGACCAAAAUGUCCAAAUGUCAAUGUGCUGACGUUUCUUUUUGUAGAUCAGAUUGUAUUCUAUGUAAGAGUGAGAAAAGUGAAUAAAUGGAUAUUUAAUGA